AUUAUUUGCGGGACCCAUGCACUCAAUCCACCAUCCACCUGCUGGGUCCCUCAAUGUAAAUGGGCUACGAUCAUAACACUGGCGCUCGCCUGAUGAAUGGCUUCGUCAGGCAAUGAGAGCUCUCAAUCCAUGAUUGAUAUGAGGGUGGUGUCGUGUCAGCAGCAGCAACAGCUCUCCAUACUCCCCAUAUCCAAUCCAAGAAACAGCAAUCCAUUUCCACUCCAUCCUUCAAUUCUCAUCCCACGCCUCAAGUCCUCUCCAAAACUCGGCUCCUCUACUCACCAACACUACAUUGUCAACAUCUGUAAUAAUGAGAAUAGAAGAGGAGAAGCACAGGAGCAACAACAUGAUCUAUUCCGUAAGCACAACUCCAAGUCCGCUGCCCUUCUCCUCUCCCAACACCAAGAACACCACCUUCAACCUCUUCAAGACCCGGAUGCAUCACAAAAUCCAGACCAAGAUGAUAAGAUGCUGCAACUCUCUACACUCACUAGCCUUAGCAGCAGCAACAGAAGAAUUCCUCAGUUCCCUGGCUCUAUUAAAUUGGCCCCUGACAAAACCUCUCCUCUCCCUCUCUUCAACCAAAGAGACAACGAUGACGGCGACAUUGACAGUAAGAUCCUGAUGCGGGCUCUAGAAAUCCGACGCAAUGCCAUAGUGGACAUCUUGAAACAACUCAUGAGAGGUUCCAAGUUCAGCAUAACUUACUCCUCUAACGUUAUCUCCCGCUUGCCUGAUUUCAUCGACCAUGUCAUGGUCACAGCUGCAUCAAUGAAGCAACUCCCUGAAUUCUCCCAUUCCACUUUUGAUGCCCGGGUGAAGAUCGUCAUACAAAACUCCAAUGUCAUUCCCCUGAUCCGGUGGUUGAAGCAUAAUUCUUUGACAUACCCACAGAUCGGGAAGCUCAUAUGCAUGACUCCACGAGAUCUUGGGUCGAUAAGAGGCUUGAUUGAGUGGCUGAAAUCGAUCUAUGUUAAGGGAAGAUUCCUCGGUUAUGUGCUUACAAAGGCCAGUGGUGUCUUAAAGCACAGGCCAGAAGAAUUGGAAGAAUUGGUUAUAUAUCUUGAGAACAAUGGAGUUAGGAGGGUUUGGAUGGGGUUCAUUGUCAGUCGUUGCCCACAAUUGUUGUCUUUCUCCAUGGAGGAAAUGCUCUCCCGGGUGAAUUUCUUUUUGGAAAUGGGUAUAAACACAAAGGACUUUGGUACGAUGGUCUUUGAUUACCCCAAGGCACUUGGCUUCUUUAGCUUGGAAGAGAUGAACAACAAGGUUCAGUACCUUAAAGAGUUUGGCCUGGGCAGUGAAGAUGUUGGACGACUACUAGCAUUUAAGCCACAGCUGAUCGGUUGCAGCAUUGAGGAAAAAUGGAAGCCUCUUGUGAAGUAUCUAUAUUACCUUGGAGUUCGCCGUGAUGGCAUGCGAAGAAUACUUACACUGAAACCAAUGAUCUUUUGUGUUGACUUGGAGACAACCAUUGCGCCAAAGGUUCGGUUUUUACAGGACAUAGGUAUUCGGGAAGAAGCCAUCGGUGGGGUGCUAGUCAAGUUUCCAACCUUACUAACAUAUAGCCUCUACAAGAAAAUUCGGCCAGUGGUCAUUUUCUUGAUGACGAAAGCUGGAGUCAGCCAGAGGGAUAUUGGGAAGGUGAUAGCAUUGGGGCCAGAGCUGUUGGGAUGCAGCAUCAUAGAUAAACUGGAGGUUAAUGUGAAGUACUUCCUUUCAUUGGGCAUUACUCUCCAAUCACUGGGGGAAAUGAUUGCUGAUUUUCCUAUGCUUCUGAGAUACAAUUUGGAUGUCCUUCGUCCCAAGUACCGAUACUUGAGGAGAACCAUGGUCCGCCCAUUGCAGGACCUCAUUGAGUUUCCCAGGUUUUUCAGCUAUUCUCUUGAAGGCCGAAUAAUUCCUAGGCACAAGGUCAUGGUUGAGAACCAGAUAAAUUUCAAGCUACGAUACAUGUUGCCUGGCCCUGACGAAGAGUUCAAUAUGAGGGUAGAGGCUGCUAUUGAAAGACGUCGAAGGUUUGAAAGUGGUGGCAUGGAUGAUAAAACUCAUUAUUAUCAAACGAAUAGCUUCAGCGAGAGGAUUCAAAGUUGAUUAGCCAGGCAAGGAUCAUUCUUGAAAGGCUUACCUUAAUCUUCACUGUAAAGUAACUUGUGUGUAAACGUGCUUAAAAAAAAAAAAUCAAAUGUGGAAUGUUUCCUCAAAAGCCAAUGUAGAAAGAAAAAUCUUCAAAUGUGGAAUGUUCCUCAAAGCCAAUGUAGCAGCCGUUCAUCCAUCAUAUGACUCCUUUCAGUUUGGCUACGGUUGCAUGAUGUUUCAUCAUCGAAGCAGUGCAUUUGAUGAUAUAUUGCAACGGCACACAAUGUAUAAUAGUAAAACGAAAGAUCCAGCAGAUUACGACCCUGGCGACAGUGCUCACGAAAAAGAGAGCCUGUUUUGAGUUUUCUACUUCACGCUUGAAUGGAUCCCAAACACUGAUUUACUAAAGUAAUGGAAUUAUAAUCACCAUAAAUUACAAUAAUCAUGCAUUGCAACAAUACGUUGUAAUUGAAAGUCAGGGACAUCCAAAUGCUAUCAAUCCAAACGACUACAUUGAAAUGGUGUUGCUUUGGUGUCAUUGGAAGAAUGUUGUCACUGUAAAUUCAUAGGAAUUUUAGUAGUUUGAAGCAGAAAUAGAUUUUUCGUUGA